UUCGCCUGCUUAGAUCCUUACAAAUUGUAAGAGUAUAAAACCCUUCACCAAGAACUAAGCCGUAUUUAGGAUUCCGAAUUCAAUUGACUGGAAGUUACGACAGAAAUUGUCAGUAUUUUGUAAAUAAUAAUACAAGUAUUUUAAACCGAGUCGAAUCAUUGCUGCAUUUUGUUUUUUUCACUUUCAACGAACCGUCAUUGAGUAUUCCGUUAGCACACAAGAUAUGUAAAUUUGCUGUCAUUUUGUUAUCAAAAUUUGUAAACUUAUUUGUAAUGUAAUUGUCUAAAAAUUAACAAAGAAACGAAAAACAGUAUAUGUAAAUUAUUUGUGUGUAUAUUUUUGAAAUACUUGUAAUAGCGUCUUCGGUAUGCCUGCCCAAAUCACCACCCUUGAACAGAUCAUCCGUUACAAGCGGAAGAAAAAGCUCUACAAUAUGACGCCCAUGUUUCAAUAUAAUUACUACAAACAUCGCUGUCGCGUCAAGAAUGCCAAAAAAUACGUCGACGAUUCACCACCGAUUUUGCACUUAACGAAUAUAAUGAAUAUGAAAAAUAAUUAUCUCGACAUGUCGGCCAUUUCGGAAAUUAUGCGCACGAAUACCGAAAUUUUGGAAUUUUUUGGACGAAUGCAAAUUUUGGGACGCAAGAGCUCAUGGAAUGAUUCCUUCGAUGCACAAUGGCGCUAUUCACGUAUAGCCCCUAUGCUUAGAUCAUUGGAAGCUAUUGAGAAAGAGAAUCACUUCAUAGCGAGACGUGUGUUGAGCGCGCAAAAAAUGGUCAAUACAAAUUUAAGGCCACUCUCAGCGAGUUAUGUUGAUUUUCGCACGCCCAAAGAGAUCUUAAGUAAAUACAAAUCCGAAAUAAUCUUACUGCCCAGGCGCUCUGAGCAACGUUUACUGCUGCGUCCAAUUGUUUACUUCGACUUGGAAGUUGUCGAUCUCUACUCUAUCGGCCGUUUUAUCGUACAGCUUUACACGGAAGCAUUCCCACAGGCAGUACUAGCGAUGGUGCGUACGUGUCAGCAACAAAAAUUACAUAGGCUUAAAUUAAUACGCGCCUUUCCCAAUCUUUGGGCCGAAUUUGAACUUAAACUAGAUCCGAAAGACAUGGACUUGACUACAGAAUCGCACAUCGAAUAUGAUAGACGUGCGUUGAAACAGAACAUCGGAUCUGGUAUAUUAUCAUUCUCCCUGAAGCAUAUUGCAACAUUGCGUAAGGGUAUUUUAAGUUUUUCUCUGAGUUUUAGACCGCUCUCAGUGGAAAUGAAGGAUCGUGUGCCUUUCGGUGUUUUGAUAAGAGGCAAGCGUGGUCUUUAUUUGCUGGAGAGUAACGGCACAAAGCAUGGCAAACCGAUGAAAAGAGUUAUUGCAACGGCGAUGGGUAUAAAUCCAUAAAGGAUAUCCGCAUAGUAAAACAAGAGUUGUUCCCCGUAUAAGGAAUCUUCUAAUAAUUUCUCUCUAUAAAUUUUGUUUAAGCGUUUCAUUCAAGGGCGGUAAGGUUAAACUGAAGUUUAGUAUUUUUUUCUUUUGGAAUGAGUUUUAAAUUGUUUUAAGCGUAGCCAAAAUUUUAUUGUAUGUGAGUGUGUGUUAAAAUUCUAUGUAAAUCCCGGUAUAUAAUCCCUAGUAAAGCUUUUAAUAAAAAAAAAAUCUUCAAAAAUAUAA